AUGUUAGUCUUUGCACUGUUAGGAAGAAGAGAGCAUAUCGCUAUUUCUGACAUUUUUAAUAAAUGCUCGUGUUUCUAUUUUUUUUUCUUUCUUCUUUUUAAUAUUCUUCUCUUUCCUUAUCUAUUUUUUCUUCUCACCUCUUUUUCCUCUUCUAUCUUCAUGUCUCUCUUUUCUUCGUCUUUCUCUGUUUUUUUUCUCUCCUUAUCUCUCUACUUCCUCUUUCUAUUUUUCUGCCAUCUUAUAAUCCUUCCUCUUCUAUUUUCAUUUUUUUCUCCCUCCCUCAAUGUUUUCUUCUUUCUCCUUAUCUCCCUUCUCUCUGUCGUUUUCUGCCUUCUAAUCCUUUCUCUUUUUCUCUUUUUCUACGUUACUCUCUCUCUUUCCUUAUUUCCCUUCUCCCUCUCUCUCACCCUUCUUCCUCUCUCUCUCUCUUUUUCUACGUUCUUCCGUUCUCUUGACGUCCCUUCUUCCUCUCUCUCUUGUUUUCCACGUUCUUCCGUUCUCCUGAUAGCCCUUCUUCCUCUCUCUCUCUCUUUUUCUAAGUUCUUUCGUUCUCCUGAUACCCUUCUUCCUCUACGUUAUUUUGUUCUCCUGAUAUCCAUUUUUUCCUCUUUCUCUCUCUCUCUCUCUUUCUACGUUCUUCCAUUCCUUUCUCGUCUAUCUUCAGUGUUUCUUCUUCUUCUAUCUUUCUUUUCUCUAUUUCCAUCAAACUUUUCUGCCACCCUGGCUAUUCUUACCCAUUUUCUCUCCCCUAUUCAAAAAACAGGCAGAAUUGAUCUAUCUAUCUAUCUAUCUAUCUAUCUAUCUAUCUAUCUAUCUAUCUAUCAUAGUCUUUUUCUAUCUAUCUAUCUAUCUAUCUAUCUAUCUAUCUAUCUAUCUAUCUAUCUAUCUAUCUAUAAUAGUCGUUUUAUAUCUAUCGAUCUAUCUAUAAUAAAUUGGUCUAUCUAUCUAUCUAUCUAUCUAUCUGUCAUAUACUUUUUCUAUCUAUCUAUCUAUCUAUCUAUCUAUCUAUCUAUCUAUCUAUCUAUCAUCUUUUCUAUCUAUCUAUCUAUCUAUCUAUCUAUCUAUCUAUCUAUCAUAAUCUUUUUUUUUUUCUUUUCUUUCUUUUUUUAUCUAUUUCAUAUCUUUUCUAUCUAUCUAUCUAUCUAUCUAUCUAUCUAUCUAUCUAUCUAUCAUAAUCUUUUUCUUUCUUUCUUUCUUUCUUUCUUUCUAUCUAUCUAUCAUAGUCUUUUUCUUUCUUUCUAUCUAUAUCUACCUAUCUACCUAUCUAUCUAUCUAUCUAUCUAUCUAUCUAUCAUACUCUUUUCUAUCUAUCUAUCUAUCUAUCUAUCUAUCUAUCUAUCUAUCAUAAUCUUUUUCUUUUUCUUUCUUUUUUCUAUUUAUCUAUCUAUCUAUCAUUCUUUUCUAUCUAUCUAUCAAUAUCUAUCUAUUAUCUUUAUAUCCAUCGAUCUAUCAAUAAUAGUCUUUUUAUAUCUAUCUAUCGAACAAAUCGGUUCUCGAACAGAAUAUUCGAGAUGA